GCACUGGCGUGUUGUCGGCAAACGUCAUCGAAUUGCGGCGGUAUGUUUGGCGGCUGCGUUAAAGAAAAUACAGUACUGUGUUGAAGUCUUGGCACAAUAUUCCGCCUUAUAUCUUAAAUUUCUUUUUGGGAAUAAAACUUGCAAUGAUCCAUGAACUGCUGCUUGCUCUAAGUGGGUACCCUGGUACCAUAUUUACGUGGAAUAAACGAACCGGUUUACAGGUGUCCCAGGACCUGCCCUUCCUCCAUCCCAGUGAGAGCAGUGUCCUGAACAGAGUGUGCAAACUGGGCUCUGACUACAUCCGCUUCACUGAGUUCAUUGAGCAGCACACGGGCCACGUGCACCAGCAGGAGCACCAUGCUUCCCAGCCAAACCAGUCUGGACUCCAUGGAAUCUACCUGCGAGCAUUUUGCACCGGGCUGGACUCCAUGUUACAGCCCUACCGCCAGGCCUUGCUGGACCUAGAGCAAGAGUUCCUGGGGGAUCCCCAUCUCACUAUCUCCCAUGUCAACUACAGGCUGGACCAGUUUCAGCUGCUUUUCCCAUCUGUUAUGGUAGUGGUGGAGUCCAUUAAGUCCCAGAAGAUCCAUGGCUGUCAGAUCCUGGAGACGGUAUACAAGCACAGCUGUGGAGGGCUCCCCCCUGUCCGCACGGCCUUGGAGAAGAUCCUGGCAGUCUGCCACGGGGUCAUGUACAAACAGCUGGCAGCCUGGAUGCUGCAUGGGUUGCUGCUGGACCAGAGCGAGGAGUUCUUUGUGAAGCAGGGCCCCAGCGCAGGGGGGGCGACGCCUGCCCAGGAGGAGGAGGAGGAAGACCUGGGGAUUGGGGGGCUGAGCGGGAAGCAGCUGCGAGAGCUUCAGGACUUGCGGCUGAUUGAGGAGGAGAACAUGCUGGCUCCAUCCCUCCAGCAGUUCUCCCUGCGUGUUGAGAUGCUGCCCUCCUACAUCCCUGUCCGCGUGGCAGAGAAGAUCCUCUUUGUGGGCGAGUCUGUCCAGAUGUUUGAGAACCAAAAUCAACACCCAUCCCGAUCCGGCUCUAUCCUGAAGCACCAGGAGGAUCUUUUUGCCGCAGAGCUCCAUCAUCUCAAACAGCAGCCGCUUUUCAGCCUGGUGGACUUUGAAAACCUCAUUGACAGCAUCCGCAGUACGGUGGCUGAGCACCUCUGGACACUGAUGGUGGAGGAGUCUGACCUUCUAGGGCAGCUCAAGAUCAUUAAAGAUUUCUACCUGCUGGGACGUGGAGAGCUGUUCCAGGUGUUCAUCGAUCAUGCACAGCACAUGUUGAAGACUCCGCCCACAGCUGUCACAGAGCAUGAUGUAAAUGUGGCAUUCCAGCAGGCUGCUCACAAGGUUCUUUUGGAUGAUGAUAACCUGUUACCUCUUCUGCAUUUCACAAUUGACUACCAGGGCAAAGACUCAAAAGAGUCUGCUGGGAGUCGGGAGGGAGCCACCCCCCCUCAGGAUUCCUCUCCCCGUGAGGUCCCACCCACUGGCUGGGCAGCUCUGGGGUUGACCUACAAAGUGCAGUGGCCUCUGCACAUCCUUUUCACACCUGCUGUACUGGAGAAGUACAACGUGGUGUUCCGCUACCUGCUCAGCGUUCGCAGAGUGCAGUCCGAGCUGCAGCAUUGCUGGGCUCUGCAAAUGCAGCGCAAGCAUCUGAAAUCUAAUCGGACGGACGCUGUCAAGUGGAGACUGCGCAACCACAUGGCUUUUCUGGUCGACAAUUUACAGUACUACCUCCAGGUGGAUGUGCUGGAGUCGCAGUUCUCCCAGCUCCUGCAGCAGAUUAAUGCCACCCGAGACUUUGAGAGCAUUCGGCUGGCCCACGAUCAUUUUCUCAGCAACCUGCUGGCACAGUCCUUCAUUCUCCUUAAGCCAGUGUUUCACUGCUUGAAUGAGAUCCUGGAGCUUUGUCAUAAUUUCUGCACCCUUGUCAGUCAGAACCCGGGUCCACUAGAUGACAGAGGCACCGCUCAGCUGGACAUCCAAGUCAAGGGCUUCAGCCGACAGUCGUUCCUGCUCUUUAAGAUCCUGUCCAGUGUUCGCAAUCACCAGAUCAACUCGGACCUGGCUCAGCUGCUCCUGCGGCUUGACUAUAACAAGUAUUACACCCAGUCCGGGGGCACACUAGGAAGUUUUGGAUUAUGAGAUGAUCCCGAGUCCAAGGCUUUCUCUUGGCAGCACUGAAUUUUAUAAAGCAUGGAGAAGGAGAUCACAGUUUGGUGAACGUCAUGAGAUACCAGAGUCUUCUUCCCAGCAAGUUAAAAGGCACAGCAAAAACACCAUGACUUGAGUAUUACACUUGAUUUAUUCUGGAUCUCUCGUAUCGUCCUGUUGCAUUGUGUGUGACAGACUUAGGAACGGAGAGCAGUGCUUGCUUGGAAAGACUUGCCCCUGGAAGACCUCCCACAUUGUUUGGGCCAAAAUCUGAAGACAGAUUCACAGUUCUUGUGCGAGCCAAAAAGGAUUAAGGAAGCAAUCGGGAAACCUUUAAGUAGCACUUUCUAUAAUGUAUGUAAUUGUAAAUAAGCCUGUUAUUGUAAAGAUGUUCAAUUUAAAAAAUGUCUCAUUGGUUAAGUGGUAGUAAUGGGUUUAUAGCUGAAAUAAAUAACCCUUUUAAGGCUUUUGAAA